CACAAGUCUGAAAUAUAUCCUGGGAGAAAUCGAUAGCAAAGAUUUUGAAUCACAAGACGGACAAAGAAAAUGGCUGAGCAAGAUUCACAUACUGUGCCCAGUUGUUCAAAGUAUGAUGGGAUUGUACAAGAAAAAGAAAGACAUUUUUGGACAAAACAGUCAGAGAAUCCUAGAAGAGUGCAGAUGUUUGUGGUCGAGGAUUACUGUGAUGAAGCUGUUCUUUGAGCAUGUCUGCUUGCAAAAUAAAGAGUUUGCUGAAAUAGUUUCACCUAAGUGCAAAUUCCUUUGGAUAGCAUUUAAGAAAACUGCUAACUUGAAGUUGAAUACCUCAAUGAAGAAAUUAGUGAAUGUGCUGAAUGACAUUAAUAAGAAAGCCGGUGAAAAAUAUUAUAAGAGUGGAAUUCAUAACUGUGGAAUGUGUAGUGAAGCCAUUAAAGAUCCUGUGCUCUUGCCUUGCAAGGAUAACCAUGUCUUUUGUAAAAAGUGCAUCGAAGGAUACUUCAAAACAAAACGUGCAAAGAUAUGUGCAGAAUGUAAAGAGGAAUUGCCUCAAGAGUUUGAGUGUCAGGAACAAUCUGGAGUUAGUGAGGUUGUUACUCAGCACAAUGAGUUCCGUCAAUGUUGUAACUCGUUCUUCAUGGAAGUUGUGUCCCAGCUUUGCUUUGCUGAUGGAACCCCACCAAGUGAAGAGGUCAUCAAGAAGUUGCUGGGAUAUGUAACAAUAGAUUCCAAAAAACAUAAGAAACGUGUCACAAGGAAUGUUUCUCCUUUCCCAGAGGAUUGUAUCGAUCCAAAUCCAGUUGUCAGAUCUUUCCUACUCCAGUUGUUGCUUCAGUCAAAUUUUGAAACUGUUAAACAGCAUGUACAAGAGUAUCUGAAAAACUCAAGAGAUCUCAUGAAAAGACCUGAUGAUGCUGUGAGCCUCUGCAGAUUGUUUGUCAACUGUCUAGAAGACACGUUUUACUCUGGUAUUCCUCAAGACUCUGAUGCAAAACUUAUCCAAUUGCUCCUUCGCGAUGGUCUUGAGAAACUUGAAAAUGCUCAUCAUUUUUUUGACGGACAAAAUGUCACUGCUGACCCGUUAAGUGUUGAGUUACUUGAAGCAAUAUCACAGAGUCGUUUUGCAUUGACAGUGCUCGCUGAUAUCAUUCAACGCCAACAACAAGAGGAAGAGGAUAUCAAGUGUCUUGUUGAUAAGCUGUCAAGUAAAGCUAAAAUAUUCUGUCAGAAGAAUAAACAGGCUCAGUUGUAUCUUGUGAAAUACAUUUGCAGAGCUUACAGCAAAGAUGCUCUUACACGUCUGAAGGUUGACGACCAGUUAAACUGGAUCUUACCAGAUGAGUUGAAAGCUCAGGAUCUGAAUGUUCCAGAUAAUUUUGUCAUUGUUGGUGAGACGUACACUAACAUUCGAGAAGCUAUUCGUCAGUGUAUAGUGGACAAUGACUUUGAGAAGAUGUGCAAAGUUGUGACAAAUAUGAAGGGAGAUCAGAAAGACAAGGAAGUGUGCUUGCUUCUUGCUUUAUUCAGAGAGAUCACAAUGAAUGCCACAACUACUGUAGAGGCAAAAAGAAUAAGUUUGGAGGUAAAUCUAAAUGAGGAAAUUAACAGUGAACCUGUCAGAUAUAGAUUGAA